AUAUGUCAUCUUAUGUGGCAGUUGUUAACUGGUCAUGUGGCAGUAACGAGGAAUUUAGUUAGACGCAAUAUGAGGUGUGACAAUUACUGUCCAAGAUGUGGAGAAGCAGAGGAGACUGUCACACAUGCAAUCUUUGAAUGCCCACCAGCCCGUCAAGUAUGGUCUUUAUCUUCAACUCCGACGUGCCCAAAUAUUUUUCCGGUAUCGAGCGUCUACACAAACAUGGAUUAUCUAUUCUGGAGGAAAAAUAGUAUCAUGGAGCCAGAGCAAGACAGGGAUCCUUAUCCCUGGAUAAUAUGGUACAUUUGGAAGGCUAGGAAUGAAAAACUCUUCAGGGGAAUAGAUAGAGAUCCUCUGGAACUAAUUAGACAUGCUGAAAGUGAAUGCCAUGCAUGGUUUGAAGCUAAUGAAGUGGUACAAACAGUAUCACAAGACACUAUAAAUGAGGAACCCCAAGCCGUAUGCUUGGGAAAUAUUUGUUUAUUAGAUGGUUCUUGGACACUUUCAGCUAACUUUAGUGGAUGUGGAUGGACAUUGAUGGAUAGCUCUGGGAAUAGUCAGCUUAUGGGGAUAAAAAAUUUCCCUCGACGUGAAUCAGCCUUGCAUUCGGAGGUAGAAGCACUGCGGUGGGCGAUGGAGAGUAUGCUGCAGCACUCGACCUGCCAGAGCUUUGGGACAGACUGUAAGGAACUGAUUGCUAUGGUUAAGGAUCCUCAGGCGUGGCCAAGCUUUGCGACGGAAUUGGAGAGAAUAGAGACAUUACAGAUAUGCUUCCCGGACUUCAACAUCACUUACGUUCCACGGGCGCAAAAUCACACAGCAGAUUUUCUAGCCAAGACUGCUAGAUCUUUUCGUAGAGAGUUACACUUUGUUGGUUGUUCUAUUCCGGUUUGGUUACCCAGACCACUUCAAGUUUGAGUAAUAGAAUAGCUUUUUGACGUCAAAAAAAAAAAAAACUAUACACACUAUAUGGUUAAACUAGUGUGUUAUGUUAUUCAAUAACAAAAAAAUUUUUGUCACCUAAAAAGUGAAUCGAUAUGAAAUUUGAUAAUUCAGUAUUGGGAAAUGAAGCAAUUCCAAAUAGGAAAUCAAUCAUAACUUUUUUUUGGAAUUAAUGUUAAAUUAUUCAAGAAAAAAAAUCCUUGUACAAUGUGUGUAACCUGAGCUGAGAGUUUUGCCUAAUGUUUAGAAAAAAAACUAAACAUUCACUUUUCAUCUCAGUGAAAACCAUGUUUUUAUGGCUGACAUACUGUCGAUCUCCCAUCAUCCGCAUGCUCGAGAUCCUAUUCCUGACCACCUUAUCAAUGAGUUUGGUCAAAAAAGAAGGAUUGUUUGGGUUCUCGCCGUGCCUUCUUCUGUUUCUCGCAUUCCAUACUGUUGACAAUGUGACCUGGAAAACAUAUAUGAGGAGAAACAAGUGCUGCUUGCUUCGUGUUUGGUCUAAUAAAAGUUGGACUAUCUCCUCCCACACAUUUGUGUAAUGCGAUGACAGAACUUCUAAGUCAAGUUUUUUUUUUCAUAUUUCUUCUAAAUAACUGCAGGUAAAGGAGAGAUGCCUUUUAGUUUCCAGCUGCUCAGGACAUAGACUACAGGGAGCCUGUUUUGGACUGCUAUCUAUGCUGUAAAGGAAUAUUUUGGUGUACUGUAAGAAAACCAAAUACCUCUAUGCCAGUCAAGCUUAGUGUGUACUGUCCGAGUGAGGUGCCAAGUGGCUUUUGCUUGAAACUCUGUUUUAUACGAGUCAUCCCCUGUUGCCCAUAGUCUGACAUAUUCACUCUGCUUUAGACUUCUCAUGCGCCUGAAAAAUUUCCUCCUCAAUGACAUUAAAAAUCUCCUCUCGGCGUCUUUUUCUUCGGUCACCGAAGUUCGGUGAGCUGUUUUUCUAUGCGAAGUCGUAUGUCUACAAGAGACCAAACACCAUUUAAAGCAUAUUCUUCUCUGUGCUGCCUGCUGUAUUGAGUUUAUCCAUUUAUUGAAAUGGACUUCAGAAUUUAGAUUUACAUAUUACAUUUUUAAUAACAUAUUUGAUUGUUUGAGUGUAUGUUUAUGUUUUGUCUUCAACUUGGAUUUUAGUGUAUAUUUUUGGUUAUUUUUUAGACUUGGAAUGGUGAUUUACUUACUUUUGGUUUUGUUCAGUAUUUAUAAUAAAUUUCAGAUUACUAAAACAAUAGCUAAUAACAAUUUCUAAAUAAUACAAAAAAUUAUCAAUAAGAUAUGAAUUAUUCACAAUAUAUUCUAAGAAGUUGAUUUUUAAAAAAUUAAGUUAAUUUUAUUGAUAAACUAACAAAUAUUUUUAGUAUGAAUUGUUUUCAUGUUAUAUUUUAGAUGCUAAAAGAAUUAUUUCUAUAAACAUUAAUGAUUAGGAGUAUUUGUUAUUUUAUCAGUUUGCUUUUAUUUAGAAACGGCUUAAUUUUUCAAAAAUCUAGUUUUCCUAAGUUUUGGGAAAUUCAUUUUUCAAAAAUGAUUGAUGAGAAAUGGUUUUUAGGAAAAUAAAAAUAAAAGCUAUUUCACAACCAACAAAUAAAAAAUCAAGGUCUUAAACCAAGUCACGUUGUGGAAGCCCAUUUAGUCCAGUGGUUUGACUAAAAAAUUAUUAAUGUUUCUACACUAAGAGGUUUGGGAUUCAAACCCCAGAAAACGCAAAUUAUGCAGAUUAUAGAGAAAAUGGGUUACCAGAGGUUUUCAGCAUGGUGCAAGGGCGUAUAAUCGAACUUGGAUCUCAUAAGGCGGCUCGGUGUGAUGCAGUCAGACGUGCGUUCUCAUAUGAUUGUAAAAUUAUUGGCCGUAGAAUCGUCUAUGUAAUAUUUCUCAUCGUUGUAAUAGCAUAAUUAAUCAAACGUUAAAAAAAAAAACAAGUCACGUCAAUAUUAAAUGAUAAUGCUCUCUAAAGCAACUUUAUAAUCUAGGUAAUAACUUAAUAUUAAGCACAGCUCAGAAGAUGUAUUUUUUACUUUGUUUAUUUAGAACAGUAUUAUACAUGAGAUGUCAUUUUAGAAAUCUUUGAAAUCUGAUUAUUUCUUACAAAUAACAUAAGUGAUAAUUUGGAUUGGAUACAAAUACCACUCGGAACAUUUGGAUCAAAAUUCUACUUGACUUUGACCCGUGCAUCCAUGCAUGUAUUAUUUUAAUUUGUAAUUUUUAAGAGUAUAACUUUUAUAUUUAAAUUCAAUGAGAGAGUAAGGUUAAAUAUUUAUAAACAAAUGUUAUAUUUUUGUUGUUUGAUAACUGUAAAUCGAAGAACGUGCAAGAUUAAGAAUAUACUCGAAAAAUGCCAGAUUUUGUGUAAAUUAACUGUAAAAGUGGAUCAUAAAGUUAGUAUAUCUGUGAUUUUUGGUUUGACAUUGACGGUUACUGAUAUUCAUUGAUCAACUUAAUACAUGUUGAAUAUCAACUUAAUAACUUGUAAUAUACAGUAUAACCUCUUUAAAUUAAUAAUCUAUAAAUUAAUAUACACUAAAAAUCUCUAUAAAAUAAUAUAAUUUUAUAGUUCCAAAUUGAAUUUUUGAUUUAAUUAGUAUAUCGAUAAAUUAAUAUCUCUAUAAAUCAAUAAAAAUUAUAGUUACGGUGUAGUUCCAACAUUAUUAAUUUAUAGAGGUUUCACUAUAUGUUGGAUCGGUCUCAUCGUAAGGUGAACCAAUUAUAAGAUUUGUAACACACCUUGCUUUUGUAUAUCAUAUGUUUGGUACACAGAAAUGACAUUUGUCUAUCCAGCACCGGUUCCUUUUACUAUUUGAAAAUUGUACUUGUGUAUAUUUUUGUAGCUAAAAUGAAGGCGUAAAGGCAUUUUGAAACUAUGUAUUCAAACAGAGAAUGAAGUUUGAAGAAUUGCAUUUCCACUAUGCUCUAAGAGAAUGUAUAAAACAAAUUGUAAAUGUUGGUAAUGGCUGAGUGCUCGGUUAUAAUCAUUUACUAUUAAAGUUAGUAAGUUGGCUUGGUUUGGUACACUCUCAUUUUUUUUAAUUAUACAGGAACAUCGGUUUAACAUAAGUGAUCUAGACUAGUCACGUGUUACUAGUGUCGGUUUUCUGUUUCUGUCGUUGCCAAAAUGUUAAUUCUCCAGUAGUCGGGACUCAAACUCUGAUGCCUUUACCGUAUUUGAGCUUUUGCCUUCAAGUUAAUCAUUCUCAUUUCACUAACAAGCCAGAGUUAUUAAGUAAUGAAUCACCACGGGCUUAAUUAGGAUGUGUUUUGAUUUCAUUAGUCACGGGUCUUAUAUUAGGAUGUUGAUUAAAUAUAAUAAAAUAUGUAGUUAGUGGUGGACAUGUGCAUUUCUAAGGGAUUAACAAAUGACCAAAAUACCAGUAUUCAAUUUUAGUUAAAACGUAGUGGUUUUUUCUGUAAUAUAUCACAUGAAAUUAAAGUUAGUUUCAAUAUGUGCUUCUCUUUUUCUUUUAAUAGAGAAGAUGUUCGAAAUGCAUCAUACAUGUAGAAUUAUGAGUUACAUUUGUACUUAAUCCAUAAUUGUGAUUGUAUACAUGCUCAAUGUACACAUUUAAUAUAUUGGAACUAUAUAAUUUUAACAUUCAGUUACUAACAUAUCAUUAAACUCGAACAUCUUGAACCAAGUCUCACUUUUAAUAUAUUUUUGUGUUACAUCAUUUGAAAGAUACUUUGGAUCACUAGUCUCUUUUUAAAUCAUUUUCAGAUCUCAUUUCUGGAUCACUUAUAUUAGUUUAAAUCAACUUGAAAUCAAUAAAACAAAGCAACUUUCUAAUAGUUAAAAUCAAUAAAACAAAGCACAUAUGCAAUAGUACAAAGUUUUAGCACCUUGCCAUAAACAAAAACAACACAAGAAGCAAAUAAUAUUCUUUUAACACAGCACCUCUAAAGUAAAAAACCCAAUGUUGAUCGCCGGAGAUGAGCUCGGAAAUACUCUUCCUCCGGGAAAUCUAGCCGUCAGAUCCACCUCUGGAGGAUGGAAAUCGGCAAGGCUCAUCAUCUUCGUAGAAAUGGCCGAGCAGUUCGCCUCUUACGGGAUAUCGUCCAACCUCAUAACGUACCUGACAGGACCACUGGGAGAGUCAACGGCCGCAGCUGCAGCAAAUAUCAACGCCUGGAGUGGAACGGAAGCGUUUCUUCCACUUCUCUGGAGCUUUGUCGCUGACUCGUUUCUUGGCCGUUUCCGUACCAUCAUAAUCUCAUCUUCUCUAUACAUCUUGGGACUUGGGUUACUGUCUUUUUCAGCCAUGAUUCCUUCUCACUCCAAAGAUUCGAAUCAACUCCAAGUGACUCUCUUCUUCAUCUCUCUGUAUCUUAUAGCCAUAGGAAAAGGAGGUUUCAGCCCUUGUAUUAAGGUAUUUGGAGCUGAUCAAUUUGAUGGAAAUGACCUAAAAGAGUUGAAAGCAAAGAGUUCUUUUUUCAACUGGUUGAUGUUUGGAAGCUGUGUUAGCAUAUUGACAACUCGCUUGAUCUCUAACUACAUCCAAGAGAAUCUAAGCUGGUCCUUAGGAUUUGGUAUUCCAGGUGCUUCCAUGCUACUUGCUCUGCUGCUCUUCCUCCUUGGAACUAAGACUUACCGUUUCACUACUGAGAGAGGAGGAAACAAAAACCCUUUUGCUAGAAUUAUUCGUGUUUUUAUAGAAACCGUAAAGAACAGAAGACAACCAGAUUUACACAUAGCUAACCCGAACGAGACCCUACUUCUCGUGGCUCACCAGAGUUCCAAACAAUUUAGGUUCCUUGACAGAGCGGCGGCUUCAUGUGAUUUGUCUGAAAUUGAAGACGCAAAAGCUGUGCUAAAGCUUGUUCCCAUAUGGAUAAAUUGCUUGGUUUACUCCACUGUAUGUUCACAGAUCCCUACUUUCUUCACAAAGCAAGGAUCAACCAUGAACAGAUAUAUCUCACCAGGAAUUUUAGUUCCCGCAGCUACGCUCCAAUGCGUCUUAAGCCUAGCAAUGGUUGUUUUCAUCCCAAUCUACGACCGUCUACUAGUCCCGAUCGCAAGAUCAUUUACUCAAAACCCUUUAGGAAUCACAACGCUUCAGAGGAUUGGCGCUGGCAUGUUUCUCUCCAAUAUUGCCAUGGUGGUUGCCGCUUUUGUCGAGACCAAAAGGCUCCAAACCGCUCAAGAUGAUAUCACAACAAUGAUGAGCGUGUGGUGGUUGGUUCCACAAUAUGCUAUCUACGGUGUCUCGUAUGCGUUCUUAACGAUUGGCUUACAGGAGUUUUUCUACGACCAAGUCCCUAGUGAGCUUAGGAGCGUCGGUAUGGCUCUGUAUCUAAGCAUAUUCGGGGUCGGCAACUUCCUAAGCAGCUUCAUGAUAUCAGUCAUCGACAAAGUCACAAGCCAGCUUUGUCAAACGAGCUGGUUCGAUAACGACCUUAACAAGGCUCAUUUAGAUUACUUCUACUGGCUACUUGCUUGUGUUAGUUCCAUUGGUUUAGCCUCUUACUUGUGGUUCGCCAAGUCGUAUGUGUACAAUAGACCAAACACAUUCUAAAAACACUGGUUUGUCUUCUUGACUAUGUGGGAUUUUUGCAUUUUUAUAUC